CUGCUGUGGCUCUGACACACACACUACAGGGAGGCAGAUAACUGUGAUUCCACUGCUGAAUUUUUAACGCUGUUGUGGAACUUUUUUUUUUUUUUUUUUCCAGGCGGGUUACUGUGGCACCAGGGUACUGUUACACUGACAGACACAGGGAGACAGGGCUCAGUGCGUUUCUGUUGUUUACUGAGGCCGGUAAGGAGCCGACUACGUGUGGCAUGUAUGGCCUGUCCCGUGCUGAUGCUGUCAUCAUAGCAAUAUGACCCUCAACACCCAGAGAGAGAAGGAGCCCCUGCGGCGGCGCAGCAGCACGCCCGUCUCCCCCCUCUACCGGCACCCGUCCAGGACCCAGGACCCCCGGACCCCCGGCUGCACUCUGCCCGACCCGGACCAGGCCAGCCCCCUCCGCCGCCACCCCCCUCUGGGACAGUCGGCGUCCUACCACCCCGGGGACACGUCCCUCCACUACCGCGCCCACUGGAGCUCGGACUCGGAUGACGAUUCGCAGAGUGACUCAGACUGUGUUUACAGAGUGGUGUUGCUGGGCGACCACGGUGUCGGAAAGACCAGCCUCGCCGGGAUCUUUGCUGGAGUCACGGAGAAAGACGAACAACCUGGAGAAGACACGUAUGAGCGAACUCUGACAGUCGAUGGAGAGGAAACCACGCUGAUCGUCAUGGAUACGUGGGAGAACGACAAACUGGAGGGAGAGGACCCCUCCGCUCGCGAGGACUGUCUCAGAGUGGGCAGCGCUUACGUCAUCGUCUACUCCGUCACCGACCGGCCGAGCUUCGACUCCGCGGCCGAGCUGCGCAUCACGCUGAGGCGCACCCGCCAGGCCGAAAACCUGCCCAUCAUCCUCGUCGGGAACAAGAGCGACCUGGUGCGAGCCCGAGAAGUCGCCGUGGAAGAGGGCCGGGCGUGCGCGGUGGUGUUCGACUGCAAGUUCAUCGAGACGUCGGCCUCGCUGCAGCACAACGUGUCCGAGCUGUUCGAGGGCGUGGUGCGGCAGAUCCGCCUCCGCCGGGACGGCGGCGAGCCCGCCGGGCGCAAGCCCUCCAUCUACAAGCGCAAAGAGAGCCUGACCAAGAAGGCCCGGCGCUUCCUGGACAGGCUGGUGGCGCGCAACAACCAGCGCAUGGCGGUCAAGGUGCGCUCCAAGAGCUGUCACGACCUGGCCGUCCUCUGAGGUCCCCUGAGGGACGGAGAGAUUUGCGUUUUGCUUUUUUUUUUCCCCGCUGGCUGUGACUUUGUGGGCAGAACUGACCGCUCCGUCCUCCGCAGUCAGCAAAACUCAGACGAAGCGAUCAGCGUUGGACUGAGAAACGAACGGCCUCCUCGCUGUGACCAGCGCGACCGGCUCAUUUCAGCGUUUUACUGUUCGAUUUGAAACUUUUCGUGACCUUUUUUCUUUUUUUUUUUUCCUCCAGAUGUCCUGAAUAUGAAUAUUCCAGAUGAAUGUCAAGUAUCAUCACUGUAGGGUUUAUGAGUUGUGCGAGUGUUUCAUUUUCAGCCUCUGUGAGCUUGUGUGUGGGGAUGGACAAAUGACUGACAAUUCCUUCCAUCAUGGAGGCCAUUUUGUGGUUUUUCUUUGAGUCCACUGCGUUGUUGUCCUGAGAUUUCUACUGUUUUCAGAUGACUAAGCAAAAUAAAAGUUGAAAGAAACAGUCA